GCAGAAGAGUUUUGUCAUUUAGAGUAUGUUUGAUGAAUUUUGUCAUCAUAUAAUGUGUAAAAAGAAGAAUAGAGUUUCACUUCUACUUGUCACAUGUUCCAAGGUUUCACUUCCUUCAUCAAAGCUUUAAGAAGAGCAUGAAAACGAGUUGCUGUGUUGUUGCAAAGAUGUUUGUCACGGCUGCGCUGAGCGCCAUCUUCUUCUUCUUCUGCACGCGCGCACAGGAAGUGCCAGCAGUCCAAGUUGUGUUCACUGAUAAAGGACUUCAGUACGGUUUCACUUCCUUCAUCAAAGCUUUAAGAAGAGCAUGAAAACGAGUUGCUGUGCUGUUGUUGCAAAGAUGUUUGUCACGGCUGCGCUGAGCGCCAUCUUCUUCUUCUGCACGCGCGCACAGGAAGUGCCAGCAGUCCAAGUUGUGUUCACUGAUAAAGGACUUCAGUACGCAAAGAAUGUGUUCACAAACUGGAUCCAGGACACCUUGGAACUGAUCACACUUCCUGAUGUCAAAGGUCAAAUUCCUUUGGGCUUUUUGGGCCAAAUGGACUACACACUGAGUGGAGUCAACAUCUCCAAGUGUGACUUUCCUGAUCCGUCAGUCCAGUUCUCCCAGGAGGUCUCAGGACUGAAGACCACCAUGGCAGGUCUCAACGUGGCCCUGACAGGAGACUGGAGAGUCCACUGGGGGAUCUUGAAUGCAGGAGGCUCCUUUGACGUGGGCGUGUUCCAAGUGGGCGUGGCCUCAGAGCAGCACCUGGGAAGAGACUCAGGUGGACGUUUGUGUGUGAGCCAGGUGAUCUGUGAGGCCACAACCGGACAGGUGGACUUGCGUCUGCACGGCGGCUCCAGCUGGAUCCUGCAGCCUUUUGGCAGCCAUCUUGAGGCCUUCAUCAGACGCCAGAUACAGGCCAGACUUUGUCCCACCAUGGAGGAUCUGGUGGAGAACUUGGAACAGCACCUGCAGGCCAUGAAAGUCCGCCUGCAGGUCAACCAGGACCUGAUUGUGGACCUGCCUCUCACCAGCAGGCCUGUGGUCCAGGCGGCAAGUCUGCGUUUCGGACUUAAGGGGGAGGUGUCUAGUGUGAAAGAGCCAAAGGAGCCGCCCUUUGACCCGCAGCCCUUUGUCUUACCUGAGCAUGCCCAAUUCAUGCUGACCGCCGCCCUCUCCGACUUCACGCUUAACUCCGCCUCCUUCAGCUGCUGGGCCGCAGGACUCCUGCACACCUUCAUCGACGACAGCAUGGUACCUGCCAGUUCUCCUGUGCACCUCAACACCCGCUCACUGGGCGCCUUCAUUCCUCAGGUAUGCCCACACUCCUCAGGUACGCCCACACUCCUAAGGUACGCCCACACUCCUCAGGCACGCCCACACUCCUCAGGUACGCCCACACUCCUCAGGUACGCCUACACUACUCAGGUACGCCCACACUCCUCAGGCACGCCCACACUCCUCAGGCACGCCCACACUCCUCAGCUCCCAGGGCUGUUCCCCGACCUGCCCGUGGUUCUGAAGGUGCACGCUAGGAACACGCCCAUGUUCUCCUUCCACCCUGGUGCCGUCACGCUGAUCUUGCCAGGCGCCAUCAAAGCCUUCGCCCUGCAGGCCAACGCCACACGCACGCCGCUCUUUAAACUGCACCUGGACUCCAGCUACAAGGGCAGCGUGUGGGUAGAUAAUGGACGACUGAAGUCCUCUGUGACGAUGGACAAUCUGAAUCUGACGCUGGCAGCGACGACCAUCGGACCCUUUAAGACCGACGCUUUGGAGAACUUGUCCAGGAUGACCAUGAAGAUGUUGGUCCUGCCUCCACUUAAUGACAGACUGUCCAGGGGUGUAAUUCUCCCACAGAGCAGACAGGUACAUCUGGUACAAGCAGUAGUGAGUGUAGAAGAGGGCUUCAUGGAUCUGCACUCAGAUGUUGAGCUGCGACUGAACCACGGAACCAUGGAGCACUGAUUGUCAUGAGGGCACCACAGGAAGGUGUGACGACCACCACAAUGUAUACACACGGGUGGGAGUGCACCACCCAGUGGGGAUAAAGCAACUAUGCCUUUUAGAGAUUAAUUUUAACCCUACGGCCCCAAAAGUAACGUGUAAUAAAAAAAAAUAUUUUUCCUCACCAUUAUCAUUCUAAUGUUGCUGAGCUCAAUUCAUCAACAUGGUUUUGUAAAAAUAAAAAAA